UGCAGCUGGUAUCCUUAAGAAAAGAUGGUGUAAACAAAUGUUAUGUAGUGAGGAAGCAUUUUUUUUAAAGCUCGAGGCAUUGUGGCUUGAUAAUCCAUUAAGCUGAGUAACUCUUCAUUAAAACAAAUCUCCAUUUAAUUUAAUUUCUCAACAUAUCUACAUCAAUCAUGCUUUGGAAUUUCUAAUAUCAAAUGAAUUUAAUUCAAAAGAAUUCUUUAUUCCAUCUAUUUCUCAAAGUGAUUCAAAAUACGUAUUAAAUAAUGGCUCAAUGUAGUCGGAAAAGGCCUCGCCCUUGUGAUGAGGACUGCUGUGAGCUGAUGCCUAUUUCUAAAAGAAUUAAUGAUUUACAUAUUAGGUCUGGGUUUCCAGAAACAAGCACAUCUUUACAUAAUAUGCCAGAAAUGCAUCCUAGAACACGAAGUAUGCUGAAUGGGUGUCUGCCUGAGAUGCACAGACAAAAUAUAGCAACAAGGGAUCCAAAUGAGUCCUGCAACUACAAUCCAGAGCUGAAUGCUGUUGAAAAUCCUCAUUACUAUCAUAUGAAUGAAAUCUUGUAUGAAGCUCAUAUCCAGCGCUUACAACGAUUGUCUAGGCCUCUGUGAAUGUAUACAGCUGUUUAACUGUGUUUGCAUUCUGUCAGUGUAUUUCAAAAUUCAGUUCUUCCUUUAAAUGUGCCCUUUAUUAUUUAGAAUUUGUAAAUAAAGUAGAACUGUGUAAAUAAAUAAAGUGAAUGUAUGAA